CAGCAGUUCAAAUUGGAAUUAAUUUUUUAACAAACCAAUUAAACAGAAGAGAAUUUUGAAAACUUUUUUACAAAUAGCAAAAUGUUUUCCCUGCGCAGCUUAUUUACAAAUAAUGUAAGAAGAGCAUUGCCAGCUGCGAGACAUAUGUCAUCAAAAGAAGGACCCCUAGUGGAUUUAAAAGUUGAUGAUGAUGGUUUAGCAACAGUGACAAUGCAGCGCCUCCCUGUAAACAGCCUUAAUCUUGAACUUCUCCAAGAACUUGACAAAGCCAUCACUGAUGUUGGUAAAAAUAAAGCUAAGGGGAUGAUUCUAACAUCUGCUUCACCUACUGUAUUUUCAGCUGGCUUAGACAUAAAAGAAAUGUAUAAGCCAGAUCCUAAAAGAGUUGAAUUAUUUUGGUCUACACUACAAGGAGUUUGGCUAAAACUAUUUGGAUCCAAGUUUCCCACAGCUGCAGCUAUAAAUGGACAUGCUCCUGCAGGUGGAUGUCUUCUUGCCCUUUCCUGCGAGUACAGAGUAAUGGCAACAGGCAAAUAUAAAAUUGGUUUAAACGAGACAGCACUGGGCAUUAUUGCUCCCAUGUGGUUUAUGGAUUCAAUGUACAAUACUGUUCCAAGGAGGCAGGCUGAAAUUGCCCUCACUACAGGCCAAAUGUUUACAGUAGAGGAAGCUCUAAAGGUGGGCCUCAUAGAUGAAACGGCAUCGGGUAAAGACGACGCUAUUGCUAAGUGUAAACAGUUCAUAGAGAAAUUCGACAAAAUCCCGCCUUUAGCAAGAGCCUUUACCAAGCAGAGAGUACGAUCCGCCGCUCUCGAGUGGCUCAACAAUAAUCGACAGAAGGAUUUAAACGAGUUCCUACAAUUUGUAAAUACUCCUGCUGUACAACAGUCUUUAGAAAUGUACAUGAUGAUGCUGAAGCAAAAGGCUGCAAAGUAAAUUAUCAACUAUAUUUUUAAUAGUAUAAUUAGUAAUGUUUGUUCUGAGUUGUCCUGAAGAGAUUUUAUGGAAAUUUUGUUACCUGGUAAGGGAAGUAUCUUUUUCAUAUUUAAGAGUAUUUUAAGCACAAAACGCUUACCAUUUUGUAUGUCGAUAUCGCAUGUAACAUUGCGUUGAAAUAGUAUCGUACAGAAUCGUUCAUGGUAUUAUCCUUUGAUUAUUUACUCCCUAGAUAGAGCGUGGCAGCACAGAUGCGUUGAAAAAUUAUAUCUCCCACCUGUUGGGGUUUAAGUCGUUUCCCGUCACUUAGUGUUCAAUGCAACGCUGAGCGAUACGCACGUCAAUUACCGAGUUUCGUGUUGAAAUUAUUGCUUAAAAAUGCCGAGUUGCGCGAUAAAAGUUUGCCGAAAUUAUAAAGGACGCAUAAAAACAACCAACAAAGUCACUUACCAACGAUAAGUAACUCAUUAUUCACCUUAAAAAAAUAAAACUAACAUUAUAUUAGUUAAAAAUAAAUCGACUCCAUCUUGACAUUUUCAGAGUGAUGUCAGUGUGUCAUUUCUAUUAUUAUAUAUAUUAUACACACAUGGUGUGGAUUUUUUUCUAUUAAAAUUUUCUUUAGAUUUUUAGAUCUCAC